UUUCCCCCUCCUCGCCUCCAUUCCGGCUCCCCUCCCCCACGCACAGACACACACUCCGAUCUUGGCCACUCGGCCGCCUUCGGGGAGAGGAGAAGCAGAAGCCCCUCCCCUACCGGCGUGAGGUUUUGUUCUUUCCUCCUCUGGCCGCGUGCGCGGUGAUCCCACCUCGCAGACUUCCGACCAGUAACCCCUCCUCCCCCCCCCCCCCUCCCCUCACCCGCGUCCCUGGUCCGGUCUCUCUUCCCUUCUUCUCUGUUCGGUUUCCGGCUAACGGUCUCCCCCCUCGGAUCCCGGCGGAACUAAGCAGAGCUGGCUCGACGGAGCCAGGCCUGCGCCGGGGGAAAGCGAUGUCAGGUGGAGACUCGGCGGCCGCCGCGGCCUCUCCUCAGCCGUUGCCCUUCUCGCUGCCCAAGCCUCCUCCCCUGAUGCAGCUCAACCCCGGCGAAGGCGUGCGCCCUGUGGGAGCCCCCGGACCGGAACAGUCGCCGAAAAGCGCUCGCAUGGGAGGCCGGCCGGACUGGCCUGCCGGGAAGCCCGUCAGUCUUCUAGCACCUCUUCUUCCGCCGCGCGGGGAACCCGAACCGCUCCUUCCCUUCGGGCCGGCCUCUCGCCAGCCUCUCCGCGGGAGACUCCUCGGCAGGGGCGGCGGCGGCGGCGGCGGGAACAGUGCGGGCAGCGGGAGCCUCCUCAACCCUGCGAUGAGGCUGGGCGCCGGCGGGGGAGGAACCGGCGGCGGUGGCGGCGGCGGCGGCAUGGGCCGAGAGUCUGUUAUGAUGGGACAUCCAGGCAUGCCUCACUAUCCACCCAUGGGAAUGCAUCCUAUGGGCCAAAGGCCGCCCAACAUGCCUCCAGUAUCUCAUGGGAUGAUGCCUCAAAUGAUGCCUCCAAUGGGAGGACCACAAAUGGGACAGAUGCCUGGAAUGAUGCAGUCAGUGAUGCCUGGAAUGAUGGCACCCCAUAUGUCUCAUGGCCCCAUGCAGCCAACAGGACCGCCAGGAGUGAAUAGCAUGGAUUCACAAAUCGGUUUAGCUCCCCCUGGGACUCAGCCUACGCCUCCAGUUUGUACAGUGCAACAAGCCACUCCAACCAAUAACUCUACUAACGAAGAGCCCUCAAAACAGAAAUCUACGUGGUCAGAGCAUAAGUCGCCAGAUGGAAGAACAUACUAUUACAAUACUGAGACCAAGCAGUCUACCUGGGAGAAGCCAGAUGAUCUUAAAACCCCUGCAGAGCAAUUGUUGUCAAAAUGCCCAUGGAAAGAAUACAAAUCUGAUUCUGGAAAGCCUUAUUACUACAACUCUCAAACAAAGGAAUCACGUUGGGCAAAACCCAAAGAACUGGAAGAUCUUGAAGCAAUGAUUAAAGCAGAAGAAAACAGCAAAUCAGAAGAAUCUGUUCCAGUUUCAUCUGCUGCGGUUGCACCAGGGAUUCCAGCUGCUGUUGCCAGUGUUCCUGAAACACCAAUACCUGUACCCUCAGCCCCUGUUGCUCCUGCCGUGGCCUCAGCUCCAGAAGCAGAGCCUUCUGCUGUGACUCCAGUUAUAGAAAAUGAUGCUGGGGUAGCUCCUUCAGCAGACGAACUGGUGCAGCCAGCGGCUCCUUCUGUUGUACAAGAACAGAGCAUGGAGGUUAUCACAAACUCUGUGGAAGAAAUGCCAAAGCAAGAAUCCUCGGAUGUUGUACCCAAAAAGGAAGAAGAGGAAGCCCAACCAGUGAAAAAAACUUAUACUUGGAAUACAAAAGAAGAAGCCAAGCAAGCAUUUAAAGAACUAUUGAAAGAAAAGCGUGUGCCAUCCAAUGCCUCUUGGGAACAAGCUAUGAAAAUGAUCAUUAAUGAUCCAAGAUACAGUGCUUUGGCAAAAUUAAGUGAGAAGAAACAAGCCUUUAAUGCUUACAAAGUCCAGACAGAGAAAGAAGAAAAAGAAGAAGCAAGAUUAAAAUACAAAGAAGCAAAAGAAUCUUUUCAGCGUUUCCUUGAAAAUCAUGAAAAAAUGACAUCAACAACCAGAUACAAAAAGGAGUCAAAUUUGAAAGAACAAGCCAAACAGCUAAGGAAGAGGAACUGGGAGGCAUUAAAAAACAUUCUGGACAAUAUGGCUAAUGUCACCUACUCUACCACAUGGUCAGAGGCUCAGCAGUAUCUGAUGGACAAUCCUACAUUUGCAGAAGAUGAAGAACUUCAGAAUAUGGAUAAGGAGGAUGCCUUGAUCUGUUUUGAAGAACACAUAAGAGCACUGGAAAAAGAGGAAGAAGAGGAGAAACAGAAAGGCUUACUCAGAGAAAGGCGACGACAGCGAAAAAACAGAGAAUCUUUUCAGAUAUUUUUGGAUGAAUUGCAUGAACAUGGUCAGCUGCACUCAAUGUCAUCCUGGAUGGAGUUAUAUCCAACUAUUAGUUCUGAUAUUAGGUUUACUAAUAUGCUUGGUCAGCCUGGUUCAACAGCACUGGAUCUUUUCAAGUUUUAUGUUGAAGAUUUAAAAGCCCGCUACCAUGAUGAAAAGAAGAUAAUCAAAGAUAUCUUAAAGGAUAAAGGAUUUGUAGUUGAAGUGAGUACUCCUUUUGAAGACUUUGUAACGGUCAUCAGUUCAACUAAAAGAGCUACUACAUUAGAUGCUGGAAAUAUCAAACUGGCUUUCAAUAGCGUAAGUUUUUUUUUAAAUAUAUCAAUAAAUAUUCGAGAGAGAUUUGUAAAAGAGCCAGCAUUUGAAGACAUCACUUUAGAAUCGGAGAGAAAACGAAUAUUUAAGGAUUUCAUUUAUUUACUGGAGCAUGAGUGUCAGCAUCAUCAUUCAAAGAACAAGAAGCACUCUAAAAAAUCAAAGAAGCAUCAUAGAAAGAGGUCUCGCUCUCGUUCGGGCUCAGAAUCCGAAGAUGAUGAUAGCCAUUCAAAGAAAAAGAGGCAACGCUCAGACUCACGCUCAGUUUCUGAACGCUCCUCCAGUGCAGAAUCUGAGAGAAGCUACAAGAAGUCAAAGAAACACAAAAAGAAAAGCAAAAAGAGGAGACACAAGUCUGAUUCUCCGGAAUCGGAUGUGGAUCGAGAAAGAGACAAAAAAGAGAGAGAAAAUGAAAAAGAAAGAAGUAGACAAAGAUCUGAAUCUAAGCAUAAAUCGCCACCUAAGAAGAGACCUAACAAAGAUUCUCACAAUCCUGCAACCAACAGUGUUCGAUUACAAGAAACUUCAGAAGAAGCAGAUCAGAUUCGGGGUAAUUGGGAUACCUCUGGUAGUGAAUUCAGUGAAGGUGAGCUUGAAAAACAAAGGAGGACCCUCUUGGAACAACUGGAUGAAGAUCAAUAAGAAAUAUUUAUACCAAAUAUGUUUACAAAUUUGAUUUAAUAAAGAUAUAGAUGACUAAUUUCAGGAAAUGGAUUCCAAUGUUCUGAGUUACAGUGGCAUAAUUGUGGCUCUUCGGUUCUCUUGCGUAACUAAAUAUUGACACAGGUAGCAGUUUGGCAAAGACGGUGAACAUUCAGGAUUCAACCUGAAGUCCUAUUUCUUAUCAUCUAGAUAGCCUGUAUAUAUCCCCCCCAUGUACCUUUCCAUUCUUCAGACAGCACAUUAGGAUGAGCAGAAAAGCUUUUUUUAAAAUAAAAUAAAAACCCUUUAAAAUAGUGGCUUGGAAAAGUAUUUAAGCCUUUCAGGCCUCUCAUCUCUAAAAUGGCUCACACUCGAAAGUCAUUAACUUCUUUUCCUUGUCAAAGAAGGUCCAAGAAGCUCGGUAAUUUUCUUGCAGUUCCAAUUGGGUUGGGUUGUUACUACUUUUCAAAGAGGAAAGGAAGAGGGAAGAUGCUUUUUUUCUUGUUUUGAUUUAUGGUAAUCCAGGAACCGGUGUUAGGUUUUUGAGAGUUACCUUUCUGGCCAAAUUGAUGAUGGUGAUUUCUAUUGAACACUGACCGUAGGUUGAAAUGUAUACAAGAGUUUUUACUCAGAGCUUAAUUUUUAGUGUUAAGUUUUAAAACUGUGAAAACUAGACGAUUGAUGGAAAUCCUAUUAGGCCCUUAAUUAUAAAUUUGGUAAAAUAUACUUAUGAAAUAUCAUAGCUAUUACUUUUAUUAGAGAAGAAAAAUCUGGAAUAUUUAAAAAUAAAAUUGGUAGAGGGCGUUGUUUCAGCAAAUCACAAAAUCAGACUGUAAAUUAAUUACAAUAUGUUGCCUUAAGGACUUUCCGAAGAAUGUACCACCAAAUUUUGAAAAGCAGUUGCAAUACUCUUGUUUAGAAAAUCAAUGUUGAUGUAAUAUUUUUCAUUUAAGAUAUGUUGAUCUGAUGUUUAAAACUUGUUUUCCUUUUGUUCUGUUCUCUUCCUUUGUACUAAAUAACUUCUAUCUGACGUUGAUUUGAUGAAGUACUAUCUAUUCAUUCAGGAGUAUUGACUACUGUGGUACAGACUAAAAUCUUUCUGAUUUGAAUAUUUUUGUACAUUUUUAUCUCUUAUUAAACCUUGUCUUCUAGUGUGUA